CAGUGCAGAAACGCAAACGCAGCGAAGUAGAACGGUUUUGUUCAAGACGGUAACGGCGGGUUGACAAUCGACAACUAAUAGUAUGUGAAAACUGUUUAAGAUUGUUUGUAAAAGUGUUGACAAGGUAUUGAGUGCUUUAUAUACAGUAAUUAGCUAUUGUGAUACAACAAACAAAAGUUAAUAUUUAAAAACAGUUUUAAGCACGCUUAACCGCCAACUCUAAGUUACGCGGAAAACGUAUUUGGCAUUGCUGCCGCCUGGGCGUUGAUUUGAAACUGGAUGCGUGCAACUUGAACGUGGCGCCAUGGACUUAAGCAAGCAACUAAGCUUAUGGGCAAUCGCACUGUUUGCCAUGCUGGCACUCUAUGCCCAGACUGCGAGUGCCUGCAUGUGUAUGCCAUCUCAUCCACAGACGCACUUCUGCACGGCGGAUUACGUUGUGCAAUUGCGUGUGCUGCGUAAAUCGAAUACACUUGAGCCAGGCAAGACGACCUACAAGGUUCACAUCAAGCGCACCUACAAGGCCACACCAGAGGCACGCCACAUGUUGCGUGACGGUCGCCUGGCCACGCCCAAUAGCGACUCCAUGUGUGGCAUGCAGCUGGACAUUGGCAAGGUUUAUAUUAUCGCAGGACGCAUGCCGCAACUAAAUUUGUGCAACUAUCACAAGGAGUACAUUAAGAUGACCAUUAACGAGCGUCAUGGCUUCAGUGGCGCCUACGGCAAAUUCUGCAAUUGCACUAUAACGCCCUGCUUUGGCAGACAUUGCCAGCGACAGGACUAUGCCGAUAGUUGCAAGUGGUCGCCCUUUGCCAAGUGCGAGCGUGACUUUUCCGCCUGCACGCCGCACAAGACGCGCACGCCGAGUGGCGACAAAACGCUCUGCCGCUGGCGACGCACACAGCUCUACAAAAAGUGUCUUAGCUAUCCGUAAGGCCUGGCAAUACGUGCUGCCUCGCCGCAGCAAGUGUUGCAAGUCCAACUUGCUUUGUUAAAGUGUAAUUGAGUUUUGCUUUCGUAUACUACGUGUAGAGCUUUAAAUUUAAUGUGUUAUUUAUUACUGUUUGCUUCUGCUGCUUGUAGUCGUAACCAAGCAUAUACUUAAUUAGUGCUUAGCCUUAAAUCUCUGUUUAAAUCUC